AUGGCAGAAAUGAAAUACCAUUUGGUAAUUAACAGUUUUUGGAAGGAAUACACGAAGUGGACCUAUCACGGGGACACGACCCCAAUUGCAGAAGUAAACGAUGUUGCGCCACAAGACUGUAUGGUAAACGUUAUUGAAGACAUUAGGGGGGAGCUUAUGGAAGAAGAUACAUACCUUAACCAAGAGAACUUGAAUGGAGAUACCAGCGGUGUUGUUGAUGAUUUUGAAGACCUGGUAAAGGAAGUUGAAACAGAAUUAUAUCCUGGUUGUACCAAGUUUUCUUCUAUCGACUUUUUAGCAAAGCUUUUGAAUAUAAAGGAUACGUACCAUUUGCAAAAUGAAGCAGUAGAUCGACUCCUCUCGUUGUUGCGAGAGUCAAUGCCAGAAGGCAACAAGAUUCCCCCUUCGUAUUAUGUAGCUAAGAAGACAUUUAAGAAGAUUGGUUUGGCAUAUGAGAUGAUAGAUGUGUGCACAAAUGAUUGUGCUCUCUUUUGGAAAGAAAACGAGUCCUUGCAAAAUUGUCCCGUUUGUAAUGAGAGUCGAUGGGUCGAUAAAGACACAAAAGGCACGAAGGUGGCUCGUAAGGUGUUACGAUACUUUCCUUUGACACCUAGACUACGACGUUUGUAUUGUUCAAGGCACACAGCGAAAGAUAUGAUAUGGCAUAGUACCGGACGAUCGGAAGAUGGGACUAUGCGUCAUCCAGUUGAUGGAUCUGCAUGGCAAGACUUUGAUAAAAAGUACCCAAACUUCGCGAUGGAGCCACGAAAUGUUCGCUUAGGGCUUGCAACUGACGGUUUUAAUCCCUUUAACAACGGUAGUGGAUCCUUGACUCAUAGCACGUGGCCGGUUAUACUCACCACAUAUAAUCGGCCUCCCUGGCUAUGCAUGCGAGAGUCCACAUUCAUGUUGACCUUGUUGAUUCCUGGCCCUAAAUCACCGGGGAAAGACAUGGACGUUUUCCUUAGACCGUUAGUGGAUGAGCUUAAGCAAUUGUGGCAGACAGGUGUACGUACUAAAGACGCAGCAAUAAACACAUACUUCACAAUGAAGGCGGCAUUGUUAUGGACCAUAGAUGACUUUCCAGCCCGUAGUAGUCUAUCAGGUUGGAGCGGACAAGGCUACAUGGCAUGCCCAACUUGUAACCAAGACACUCCUUCAACACGUGUAACUGGUAAAUGUGCUUAUGUUGGUCAUCGCCGGUUCUUAGAUGCCAACCAUCCUUGGAGAACAAGUCUCGACUUUAACAGGAGACCAGAGACACGAGACCCUCCGAGACAGUUUAGCCCAGCUGACAUAGAAGCUCAACUCGGUCGUUUAAUUAAUCGUCUACCAGGCAAGCAUCCAGAUUUUGGAGGUGGGAGGAUAACCCGGUCAGAUUUCGAGUUGAACUGGUCCAAAAGAAGCAUAUUUUUUUACCUUGAGUAUUGGUCUUCUCUGCAGCUGAAACAUAACUUAGAUGUAAUGCAUAUAGAGAAAAAUGUGUGCGACAGCUUGCUCGGUACUCUUCUAAUGAACGAUAAGAGCAAAGACACGCCAAAUGCGCGGUCCGACUUGGAAAAACUAAACAUUCGGCCGACACAAUGGCUGAAACAAUCGGGUGAUGGGUUUGGAUCUAAUAUCAGUAAGAGGGUGACAGAAAACAAUGCUAACAUUACCGGGUUGAUCAUGACUCAACUUUGCUCUAGAACACUAUCGGUGGAUGAUAUGAAGAAAGCAAAGGAUGACAUUGUUACCAUCUUAUGCAAGUUAGAGAUGAUCUAUCCACCUGCGUUUUUUGACAUUAUGGUUCAUUUACUUGUGCAUUUACCUGAUGAAGCGAUUGCGGGAGGUCCAGUAGCUUUUAGAUGGAUGUAUCCAUUUGAAAGGUACAUGAAAAAACUAAAGAACUAUGUCAAAAACCCGGCAAGGCCUGAAGGUUGUAUAGCUGAAGGUUAUGUUUUUGAAGAAGCUCUAACAUUUUGUUCAAUGUACCGUAAAGAUGUUCAGACUAAGUUCAAUCGUCCAGAUAGAAACGAUGAUGUCGUUAUUGAAAAAAGAAAGUUAUGGGUGUUUGAGUCCAAAUGUCGUCCUGUUGGCGCAACAAAGGAUAAAUAUCUAUCAUUCAUCGAAAAAAGCAAGAUGGAAUGGUUUGUCCUCGAAAACUGCGCAGAAGUUACGGAGUACAUGAAUGAAUUCAAACAUACACAUCCCCAAGAUGAUCUUAAAACCAAAUUUCCAGGAUGGUUUCUCCAUAAGGUCCAUUCGAUGAAAACACAAAAUUCUCCAGAAUUCCACCCGGAGUUGUAUGCUCUUUCAAUUUGUGCGAAAAUGACUGCUUACACUUACACUGCUUGCAUAGUCAACGGUGUUAGGUUUAAGACACUUGAACGUGAUGCAAAAUGCGCAACGCAAAACUCUGGGGUGAAAGUGGUUGGAGAGAACGGUGUGAAAUUUUAUGGCCAAUUAGAAGAAAUUAUUGAGUUGCCUUAUACAAAUAAUUAUUCCACUGUCCUAUUUCGGUGCAAGUGGUUUGAUACUCGAAGGGGUGUAAACCAUGACAAUAAUAUCACCAGUAUAAGCACUGAACAUGAAUGGGACAAAGACGAUCAACUCAUAUUUGCUUCGCAAGCCAAACAAGUGUUCUUCAUCCAAGAAACGUCUCGAAACCAAAAAAACAAACAUAGGUGGGUAGUCGAAAAUGUUAAUCAUCGAAGAAUUUGGGAUCGGCCAUUAAGUGAUGAUGACCGCGUCAAUAAGGUUCAAAAUGUUGACGAAGGCUUAGAAGAUAAUGACAUUGUCGACAACAACUCUUCAUCUGACUGUCCACUUGUCAUUGACUUGACCCAAUACAUUCAAAUUGGAUCUUCUCAUGUUACUGCGGGUGAGCCUUCAAUUGAAGUUGAUCCCCCAACGGCUACCGUCAAUGAAGUGUUUGAGGUCGAGACUGAUUGUGAUGAGGUCGAGGCUGAUUGUGAUGAGGAUGAUCCCGAUUAUGUGGAGUCUGACUAA